AUGGAAGAGACGUUUAACAAACUUAAACAAGAUCGACGAAAUUCUCUCGAUAAUCUUAUACAAUGGAUGAAAGAUUCAAAAGUCAUUGAUGGUGUUAAAGUUACAGAAGAUAAAGCGCGAAAACUCUUCGAAGACGUCGCUGAUGCUAAAAAUAUAGAAAUUGGUAAAUUCAAAGAGGCCUUGACAAAAUUAGCUUCAGAACAACAGAAGAAUAUUGAAGAAUUCACCAACAUUCUCGCCAAAGAAGGUCCUAAGUUUGUAAGCGCUAUGCUAGAAGCAGCAAGUGCAGCUGCGAGCACGCUUAAAGAAAGCUUAGCAAAGAAAUAA